ACACAAUUUAGAGUAUGUGGGGCUAGCUGUAGUAAUGUAACUGUCCGCGUUACAUUGCUUCUUUUGAUGCACUGUUAAAAUAUUCGGUAAUUUAAAUAAUUGAUAAGACAUUCAGUAGUACUUUUGAAAUACAGAAGAAAGUGUAAAUAAUAUCAGACCUCGGUAAAUCUCCAUGACAUUCAGGAAUAAACGAAUUCGACGGUCGAUCGUGCACCCAACCCGAAUUCGAUCUUCUCAUCUCACUUCCAAAAAUCUCAGGCUCAUCUCAGCUUUUAAUUUGGCACUUUUGUUUAACGUUGUUGGAUGUUCGAUCACCAAAAGAGCUUUUUAAGAAUUAGAGUUUCUAGACUUCUUUGAAGACGUAAAUCAACAUGUCCGGUGUGGGGCAAUCACUAGGAGGCUCAUCAACCAAGGAGGUGAAUGCAGCGUCUCUCUGCCGUCUGGGACAGGAGACUGUGCAGGAUCUUGUUACAGAAACACAGGAUAUGUUCAGUAAUCUCAAGGGAGUCCAGCUACCUAAUGGGAGAAGUAACACACAGCAGAGUCAUCAGGAUAAAAUAACUAAGCUACAAGAUAUCACCAAGCACAUCGAGGUUCACUUCAAGAAACUACGGCUGCUCUAUGAUAAGUGUAUCCAGAUAUCUAGUGGAGUUCACACAGCCAGUGGUACUCACACGCCCAGUGAAGAUCUCAUCAUGUGGAAAGAUGUAAUCAGCAGUAAAGAUCUGAUAGCCCUAGGAUCAAGAGAGAAAGCACAGUAUUUGAAUGAUGAAAGACUACACUUGAUGGAGCAACUACAAGCUAAGAAUCGUCAGCUAAGACAAGUGAUGGAGCAGAUGCGGCACUUGAUGUGGGAUAUCAACACCAUGCUUGCUACCAGACAUUCUACACCGGAUUGGAAAUGAUAAGACUCCAAUCAUCAAAGAGAGCGUUAGCUACCAAGACUGUCGAUGGUUACUGUGAAAAUGCUUGCUACGAGACAUUCAACACCGGAUUGGAAAUGAUAAGACUCCAAUCAUCAUUCUUGGUAGCGUAAGCUACCAAGAAGACUGUCGGUGCCCACUGGGAAUUAGAGUAAUGGUGUGAAUAUCACCAGGUUGAAGAUAAAGAUGCAGAGUUAUGGAGACUCCCUGAUAGGAAGUCAUGGAUGUACAUAUCCCACUGAGAUAUGUUAAAGGGAAUGUAUCAUGGCAAAUACUGGUUAACGCCAUCUACGUAUUCUUUUGGACGACUGCACGUAAACGAAUGGAAUUGAUUGAGUGGGUCAGCGCGCUAGCGUUCGCGAAACAGACCGAAGUUUCCCUCAUGCUUCCGGUUCGCGGAUGUUGGAUGCACGUGAAUGCUGGGGUCGCGUCGUCCUUAGUCAUAUUAUACCCGAUUGGCCCCGAGUAGGGCCACGGGAAGGACACAUAAUCUCGUCAUGACACACUCCCUUUAAGACAGGUGGAUUGACUGGAAAUGGCAAUUAAUGUUUAUCUCCAAGGAAGAGGACAGAGGCAUUGAUAUGUUGAGACUGUCAGACUGGAAGUGCAUAUGUGCAUUUGUUUGAUGGUUUGUUUUUACCUGACUACCAAAGAAAGCAUGUUUAUGCUUGGGAGUAAGCAACCAGGGUGUGACAGCUUUAAGUCCACUCUCAGGGACUUGGUAGUGAGUAUCUGUGCCUAACUAAAGGGCUCUAGCGAAUUGACUUGGUUUCAACCAG